AUGUAAAAACUAAAUAGUUUUAAUUUUUUUCAUUAAAAAGAGGUAAGAGAAAGAACUUUAAAAAAUUUAUGCUCAAGCUUGCAUAAAUUUAUUUAAAAAAAAUAUUAAUUUAUAAAUAAAAUAUUUUUAUUUUAAAAUGAGUAGGAAAUCACACAGAAAGAAUCAAAUACCUCUUCUUUUAUAUUCUUUUUAUUUCUAGCAAUUAUUUUGGCUACUCCUAAAAUAGUUAAUCAUAUGAUAUCAACUCUUUAUCUUUUGUAAAUGAUUUAAUAUCUAAAUAAUUAUUAAUCAAUUUUUAUCUUUAAGCAAAUAAUAAUGUUCUAAACCUUUCGAUUAAUAAUAAUUUUAUACAUAAGUCACGUAUGUAAUAAAAUUUAAUAACAAUUUAGAAAUAAAAAAAAGGGAUUAUUAAAAUAUAUCCCCAAUAUUAGUAAAAUUAUGGAUUAUAUACAAUUCUCAAAAUAUAUUGUAAAUUGUAAACAUAUGGAUUUAAAACAGCACUAAAAAUAUUAUUUAAAGAAUCUCCAAAUGAGUUUUCUUGUAAUUUUAUGAGAAAUGAAUUAGUUUUAUAUAUUAAUACUUUUGGAAAUAUAUUGAGUUCUUUCAUGAUUUAAUGUAUGAGAAAAGCGCAUAAUAUCAUUUUAAUUUAAUAUUAUCAAUUGCAAUUAUUUGAGUAGUCUUAAUAUUGCUUAUGA